AUGAAUCUGAACCUGAUUAAGCCGAUCACUGCUUUAGAGGUUAAAACGGCACUUUGGGAUAUUAAUCAGACAAAGGCACCUGGUGCAGAUGGCUUCACUAGUUUUUUUUUUCAGGAAUAUUGGGAUAUUCUUCAUCAAGAUAUUACCUCCUCUAUUAUUAAAUUUUUCCAAGGAGGUAAGUUACUUCCUGGCUUUAAUCAUACAAUCCUUUCCCUUAUUCCUAAAGUGCAUCGGCCACAGUCUGUCAAAGAUUUACGUCCAAUUAGUCUUUGUACAGUGUAUUACAAGAUAAUAUCCAAGAUUAUUACUAUUCGUCUACAAAUUAUUUUACCUCAUAUCUUGGAUGCUUCUCAAAAUGCUUUUGUCAAGGGCCGUUCUAUUGCUGAUAAUAUUUCACUGGUCCAUGAAGUAAAGGCACCUGGUGCAGAUGGCUUCACUAGUUUCUUUUUUCAGGAAUAUUGGGAUAUUCUUCAUCAAGAUAUUACCUCCUCUAUUAUUAAAUUUUUCCAAGGAGGUAAGUUACUUCCUGGCUUUAAUCAUACAAUCCUUUCCCUUAUUCCUAAAGUGCAUCGGCCACAGUCUGUCAAAGAUUUACGUCCAAUUAGUCUUUGUACAGUGUAUUACAAGAUAAUAUCCAAGAUUAUUACUAUUCGUCUACAAAUUAUUUUACCUCAUAUCUUGGAUGCUUCUCAAAAUGCUUUUGUCAAGGGUCGUUCUAUUGCUGAUAAUAUUUCACUGGUCCAUGAAGUGCUACACUUUCUUCGUACUAAAAAACCGGGUCACAAGGGUUAUUUGGCAUUAAAGUUGGACAUUAGCAAAGCUUAUGACCGUCUUGAAUGGGGUUAUUUAAAGGCUAUCCUAUAUGCUUGGGGUUUUCAUACAACCUUUAUUUCAUGGAUAAUGGAAUGUGUAUCUUCAGUUACAUAUUCUAUUCACAUCAAUGGAGCUUUACAUGGUUAUUUCCACCCAUCUCGAGGCCUCAGACAGGGGGAUCCCCUUUCGCCAUUAUUGUUUGUGCUUUGUGCUGAGGGAUUGUCUUUUAUGAUUCAGCAGGCUCAUAGGUUGGGGCACUUUCAAGGUAUUACUAUGAAUUUGCAUAGUCCAACUUUAACACAUCUCUUCUUUGCAGAUGAUUCCAUCUUGUUUACUGAAGCUUCUGAUGCUCAAAUUUCUACUGUUCUUCACAUCCUUGAUCAAUAUGCUACUUACAGUGGUCAGCUUAUUAAUUAUACUAAGUCGGCCAUUUUCUUUAGCAAUAACAUCCAUGCAAGCUGGCGCAUUAAGUUUGCUGGUAUGCUGGGAGUAGCUAAUACAGCUUAUGAGGGUAAUUAUUUGGGGCUCCCUUUAUGUAUUCUCCACUCCAAAAAACAAACUUUUGCCCCCUUGUUAUCCAAGAUUUCUCUUCGACUGAAUGGAUGGAAGGAGCCAUUUUUAUCUAUGAGUGGUAAAGAGGUUUUACUAAAGGCAGUGGUGGAGGCAAUUCCUGUAUAUAGUAUGAUGUGUUUUAAACUUCCAGUUUCUUUAUGUCACAGAGUCAAUAGUUUAAGUUCUCAAUUCUGGCGGGGUCAGGUAGCUGAUGAACACAGAUAUCAUUGGGUUUCCUGGCAUAAGAUGUGCUUCAGUAAAGCAAUAGGUGGACUAGGUUUUAAAGACCUCCAAGUUUUUAAUCAAGCCCUCUUAGCGAAGCAAGUAUGGCGUAUAUUGCAAAAUCCUCAUUCUCUUCUUUUUCAGGUUUACAGAGCCAAGUACUUUCCCACAGGUACUUUUCUCAAUGCUCAUAUUGGUACCAGGCCAUCUUGGGGUUGGAGGAGUUCACAAUUUGGAGCCUUAUUAUUGAAAGAGGGCAUUCGUUGGCAAUGUAACAAUGGCUCAUCUAUUCAAUGUCUUUUAGAUCCAUGGUUGCCUUCUGCAUACCCCUUUCUUCCUCGCCUCAACCCUGGUAUAAAUCCUAAUAUUGUGCCACCUCUGGUCUCUGGCUUAUUUUAUCCACAUACAAGAGUUUGGAAUUCAUCAUUUAUACUGCAUCUAUUUGUCCCUGAAGAUGCUGCCACUAUAUUAUCUUUGCCUCUUACUAUUUUUUCUUGCGUUGAUCGGCUAAUCUGGCACUAUCAUUCAAAUGGCAAUUAUUCAGUGAAACCAGGUUAUCAUUUUUUAUUCAACAAGCUUCACUCUAAUGUCUUACCAGCUAUACAUGGAUUCUUCAGAAAAGAGUGGACAUCUCUUUGGCAUGCGUUUCUUCCUCCAAAAAUUCGUCUAUUUAUUUGGCAUUGUCUUCACAAUGCUUUACCUGUUGGGGAAUUGUUAUUACAAAAAUUCCAUAUUGAAUCCCAUUGUCCUCAUUGUCAGGAAUCAGAAACUAUUAUGCAUAUGCUAUUCUCCUGUCCUUUUGCAAGACAAGUGUGGUUUCUCUCAUCUUUAUCUCAUCAUAUGACUGGCUUGCCAUUAAUUUCUUUCUCUCAGAUCUGGUUGGUCUCUACUACUCAUCUUAAUGAUCCCAAUGAUGAUCCCCAGUCCUUUUCUUUAUUUUGUUUUACACUGUGGUUUAUUUGGAAGACUAGAAACGCUGCUAUUUUUAGACAAGAAAUCAUUACUGCUGAAGAUACUAUGGCCUUAGCCUAUAAGGCCUGUGAUGAAUUCCUCUCCCUUUCUCAACAUUCCAAUGCCACUAGUUCCUCUUCCUCGUCUACCAUUCCUCAGCCAAGUUCUGAUCUUCUGCACAGCCCAGAUGGUAUCACAAUUAAUGUGGAUGCUGCUACAGAUCAAGCUUGUAGGUUUGGAACUGUGGCUGCUGUUGCUACUAAUCUGCAGGGUCUAGUCAUUGCUCAAUUUACUGCUGUUUUUAGGUCUAUUUGGGAUCCGGGAAUCUUGGAAUUCUUGGCAAUUAGGGAAGCUUUGAACUGGGCUAUUGCUUGUCAUUAG